AUGGCCAAGACAAGUAAAGGUUGCAUUGUGUGGCAGUGGAAUUGUCGAGGCUUGGCUCCGAAGAGGGGACACCUUCACCAGUACCUACAAUCCCUACCACCAGAACGCAGACCAGACGUUUUGGCCAUACAAGAAACGUGGAAGGCCAUCACCAUUCCGGGAUACCAAGCCUUUAAUCACACCAACUUAUCAGGGGUCGUACGAGUCACCACGCUAGUGCGACGGAACCUACCAGCACAACUUCAUUCAACCGGCAUCGAAAACAUCGAACACACCUUCAUCGAAAUCUUGGCGGGCAAGAAGAAGAGCCAUCGCAGCACGUUCAUCCUCAAUGUAUACAGUCCUCCGAAGGCACGACACUCGUUUCACCAGCUCCUGCGCGCCGCCAUAGACAUGGCCAAGGGAAAAGCUCUGCUCAUCGUUGGAGACUUUAACGCACCACACAUGUCAUGGGGCUAUCCGCGGGACAGCGCUAAGGGUCGGCAGCUUUGGCAGGACAUUGCCACCCUGGGACUGGACCUACUUACAGACCCGACGCAGCCAACUCGGAAAGCCACGGGCGGAUACAAAGACACAUCACCAGACCUCACACUCGGUCACUGCUUGGACGCAGAAUGGCACAACACCCUGGAAACUCUGGGCAGUGACCACUAUAUCCUCAACAUCCUCCUGAGACGCGGCCCUACGAAGCCCAUGGGAAGGCCUCUGCGAGUGGUCGAGUGGGACACUUUAAGGCAAGAGCUUGACGAAGUGGACCGAGACGGAGAGAUCAAGGACCUGGAUCAGUGGACCGCAGGCAUCAGAGAAGUUGAAGCCUCAGCCACAAGAAACAUUCCCGAGGAAGCAAAUCUGACCGCGGCGGACAGUCGGCUCCUGCACCUAUGGGAAAUGAAGACAAACCUUGAGGCACGCUUAAGGCGAAAGAAAGGAAAUCGUCGGCUACGCAAGCGAAUCGCAACAUUGUACAAGACCAUCGAGAGUCACGCCACCUAUCUCACAACUAAGCAAUGGGAAGACACCUGCAACGAGUUCGAAGGAGCUCCCAACACUCCAAAGACGUGGAACAUCCUUCGACAUCUCCUCGACCCCGGACAAAGCCGAACCACAGUCCGAAAUCAGAUGGAGUGUAUCCUGAACUCAUUCAAGGGAGAUGGAAACGAGCUUGUCCAAGAAGUACAAAACAAGUAUAUCGGACGAGCUCCGCCAACACCUGCGAUGGAAUACACGGGCCAGCCAAACCUUACGCUAGACGAAGAAUUCCGACCCUUCGAAGUCAUGGCUGCGAUCCGAGAGCUCAAGACCCGCUCCGCUCCAGGACCUGAUGGAGUCUCCAACAAGCUACUGCGGCAUUUGGAUGACAGAGAGAUUGACCGGCUAACAUCAUACUUCAACGUCUGCUGGCAAAAAGGAGAAAUCCCAGAAUCCUGGAAGACUGCGAAGAUGGUGUUUACACCCAAGCCUGGGAAAAAACUUCAACUGGAAGCCCUGCGCCCCAUUUCGCUCACGUCCUGUCUCGGGAAGGUCUUGGAGCAUGUCGUACUCAAUCGCCUUAACAGGUACGCAGAGGCCAACAAAGUCUUCGCGGACACGAUGGUCGGGUUCAGACCCAAGCUCUCGACGCAGGACGUGAUGCUCCGACUGUAUCAUCAGAUUAUGGCAAGGGAAUACGCACCCAAAAGGGACACCAGAGCCAUACUCGGGCUGGACAUCUCCAAAGCAUUCGACAAUGUCAGCCACGCAGCCAUCCUCCGUGGGCUAAACUCCAUUGAUGUGGGCGAGCGCAUCUUCAAAUACAUACAGAACUUCCUAUCAAGUAGGCAGGUGCAGGUCUCGAUCGGCGGUUUCCAAUCUGACCUGCAAACUCUGGGCGGAGUCGGAACACCGCAAGGAGCAGUGCUCUCUCCGUUUCUCUUCAAUAUCGCCAUGAAAGAUUUACCGACGAAACUACAAGGUAUCCCCAACCUUCACCACAGCAUAUACGCAGACGAUGUCACUCUGUGGAUGGUAGGAGGAAGCGAUGGCGCCAUCCAAGACUCGCUGCAAGAAGCUAUACGCAUCGUGGAAGCCUACGCUAAGGAGCGCGGACUAACCUGCUGUCAGGAAAAGUCGGAGUUGCUACUCAUGGCCGGCACCACGGUAAAAACUCCCUCAGGCAUCAUACUGCAGGUCGGAGGCAAAGACGUCCCUCGGGUCCGGCGACUUCGGAUACUCGGUCUGUGGUUGCAGGAGGAUGGCAAGAACACAUACAGCAUCGGAGUCCUCCGUAACCACGCACAGCAGGUAGGAAGACUCAUAGCAAGAAUCGCCGGAAAACGGUACGGGAUGAAAGAGCGGAAUGUCAUUCGCCUUAUCAAAGCCUUCGUGAUUAGCCGGAUUGCCUACAUUGCACCCUUCCUGGACUUGACACUCACGGAGAGGGAUGCCAUCGAUCGCAUCAUCCGCUGCGUAUACAAGAAAGCGCUUCACCUAACACCUUCAACAGAGACCAAGCGACUCGAGAAGCUUGGGCUUCACAACACCCUCUCGGAAAUCAUUGAGGCACAGAGGAUAGCCCACUACGAAAGGCUAUCUCUGACUACAGCGGGAAGAACCAUCCUCACAUCUUUGGGCAUCAACUACCACCCAACAGGGCACAGUACGCGAGGCUGGCUUCCAAACGAGCUACGCGAGCAACUAAAGAUUUCGCCUCUGCCUCGUCACAUGCAUCCAGUGCACGACGCAGACAGACGCAUGGCCAGAGUGAAGGCUCUGGAGAACACUCUACAGCAAGGCUACGACGACUCCGAGGUGACCUAUGUCGACGCAGCCUCAGCUGACAGGGGUCGAAUGACCCUUGCAGUUACGAAUCGCUCCGGCCAAAUCCUCACGGCAGGCAGCAUGUACACCAGCAACAGUGCAGAGGCAGAGGAGGCAGCCAUCGCCUUGGCCCUCACCCUCAGCACCACGAAAGUCAUCGUCAGUGACUCCCAGAUGGCCAUCCGCCAGUACAUGCGUGGUCACAUCUCUGACAAAGCCCUCAAGAUCGCCACUGGUCAUCGUCUGAUUGACCACCCAGUCCGCAUACUGUGGUCUCCAGCCCAUGCGUCACUCCCAGGCAACGAGAGUGCUCACAGUGCAGCCUGCGCUCUUACCAACCGGGCUAGCACACCAAGUGAGCACUCGACCUCCGCCACGUGGAACCACGACAACCUCUACACCUUUAAGGGGGUGCUGGACCACUACCGAGUAGAACGCCGAGCCUACCCAGAGGCUCACAGCACUCUCAACAAGGCAGAAUCCACCAUCCUCCGUCAAGUCCAGACGGAGACCUUCCUCAACCCGGCGCAGUUGCACUCGUGGUACCCAGAUACCUACGACCCGUCUUGCAGGAACUGUGGCGAGAUCGCUACACUCCACCAUAUACUCUGGGGGUGUCCGGAGCUGCUUCAUCAUUCGAAGAAUAAGGAGUUCAUCAAGCAAGCCAGGCAACCAGGCGCCUGGGAAUCCUUCCUGCGGGAUCCUGACCCCACGACUCAGAAAAUUCUAGUCCAGCUGGCCUCGGACGCCGCCGGGAACAUCGCGUUUCGUCUGUCGACCGAGGGGAUCGCUUCGUCAAGGGUCUCUCCCUAAGAGAGACUCGGUUGACGCGGGGAUCUAACAGUCUUGGACCCAAUAAAGUUUACCUC